AUGGCUGGCCUCCCACCAAUGAGCAGCCAAGACUCCAGCAUGCCAGAGAACCAAGAGAACCCAAAGAGAGCCAUGCCCACCGAGAGGAAGUCCCUGUGGAGGACGGCGGAGGAGAGGCGGAUGUCUGACCUCACACGGGUGUUGGAGUGGCUGGAGCGGAGGCGAGGCAAGAAGAAGCAGGACGCCCAGAAGCUGAAAACCAAGAUAGAGUUGCCCCCUAAAGCAAACGAGAAGGAAAGGAAGAAAGGCAAAGUCACGGUGAAACAGGAGGACAUCAAGCAAAGCCCUAGUAAGACUGAGGAAACCCUCUACCGGAGGAUCUACGGACCAGAGUCAAUGGGACGCCGCGUCAGCAUAGUAUCCAGCAGCUACGCCAAGGAAGGCCCCAGGAAAUCUGAAUUAGACAUCAAGGAUGCCAUCGCCCUAGAGUCCACUCAGCGGGCAAGCACGUACCGCCGACAGAGCAGCAUCAUAGAUCCCACGCUGCAGGAGGCCAUCUUCAGCGGCCGCAGGGCCACCCUCACGUUGAGAGACUGGGCAGGCAAGACCCAAGACAUCGCUUACGAGCGCAAGCUGAAGACCCUCAUGGACAAGAGCACCGAGCCCAAGAUUGAAACCAUGAAAAUGCUCAAGCCGGAGGAGGUGCUCAACUGCCGAUACCUGCGACUGUCCAAGAACAACAUCCGGACCCUGCUCAAGCUGUGCAAGGAUGCAGGGCUGAACAUGGACAUCCAUCCCCACAUGGUUGAAGCAGAGAUAGAUUCUAAGAAAGUUUUCACCCGAGGCUCCAACGCAACUCCCUAA